UGCUCAGCCCAGUGCUGCUCUCAAACGCCUUCCUGGCUCUUCAGCUCUCUAGAAAGAUGAAGACACUCCUGAUCUCCUGCCUCCUCUUGACCUUUCUGAAUCCAGGUGAGCAGAACCACAACUGCUGUGCUGAUCAUUCUGUUUCCAGGAAGGAACUAAGUGGGGGGUCAGCCAUUAAAGCAGGAGAAGAAAGGAACAAGGACUUGUGGUUCCUUUGAAAGGAGAGGAAUAAAGCAUAUGGUCAAGCUACAAGGGAUCCUCAAUCAUAGAUAGUUUCUUCCCAAUGUUUAUAUUUGUUUUUAUUUAACCAAAUCCAUACUGAGAGGUGCAGUAUCCCCAAGUCCAUUGGAGGAGCAAUGGGGCCAGUUGUCCACUCUUGGAUAAACCAGAAUCCUAGGUUUCAUCUACAACAAAGAGUAUGUUUCUUGAACUUUUUUGCUGUUUCCUUGCCUCAUUGUCCACUCAAAUUCUGCCCCUUCUUCCUGAAACUUUGUUCUCAAUAUUAAAUCUUUAUUUUACCAAAUGCAUACAGAGGUGUGGCAUCCCCAAGUACAUUGGGGGAGCAAAAGAGGCAGUAGUUCACUCUUCAAUAAACCAGAGUCCUAGCUUAAAUUUAAAGCAGUGGUGUCCAAACUUUUUUACAUGAGGGCCAGAUUUGAUGAAGAGAAAAGCUGUGGGGGCCGACCAAAGGGCCGACCAAAGUUUUUGAGCAUUUUUAGGACUGAAGUUGUUGAGGUUUUUUCAGGAUUUUACCCCAGGAAAAUAAACUGCCACAGGGGCCGGAUUAAACCGACCAGUGGGCCCCUGAAAUGGACUUUGGCCAUGCCUGAUUUAAAGCAAAGAGUAAGUUGCUUACAUUUGUAGAAACUUAUGAUAGGAUAGGAGACAAUGUAUAGGCACAAUUCUUCUCCUAUUUCGGAGCGGAAUUAUCCUGCCCCCCCCCAUGAAAUCUUUUAGUUUGCUGGUGUUACACACACCCCCAAUCUCUCAGUGGAGUCAGGUUCCAGGGGUACCAGAUGUGCUUACCAGAGUCUGUCAUGUUUGCUGGUGCUGAUGGGAGUUGUAGUACAACAUCUUCGGGAGGGUCCUUCUCUACUGGUCCUCUCCCUCAGACUGCAGGAGUCAUUUUCAACAAUCAUUCUCUGGUCUAUGCAAGGCCCACCCCCAUUCACAGAGUUUAAGAACUACAGAAGGAAUAUAUACUAGUUUGCAGAAACUAGUAGUCAAAUAGUGCCUCCAAUGUUGCAGAAAAAAUAUAUCAAUUGCGAAUGGUAAACAUGAAUUUAUCCAGUCCGCUUUUGAAGCUAUCAAAUUUGGUGGCCUUUGCUACCUCUCGUAAGAUGGAGUUUGUUUUUUUUUUAAAUAAUUUUUAUUAAAGUUUUAAACAAAGGGAAAAGAAAAAACAACACACACAAAAAAAACAAUACAAAAUUUAACAAUAAAAACACACAACAUAACAAUUUAAAACAAACUCUCUUUUACAUUCCCAAUUUUGAAUUACUUAUUUUCUGGACUUCCUCAUACCUCCCUCUUUUGUAUUCCAAUCUACAUUAUUUGUCCAGCAAUUUCUUUUCCACUUUUUAAACCCAAUCUUUAAUUUAAUAAAAUAUUAAACUAUAUAACAUAAACAUAAUCCUUGUUCUUAAUGUCAUAUACCUUUAAAUUUUUCCCAAUCUUAAUCUUUAAUCUUAAUCUAUCCUAGCUUUAACCUGUACAGCUGGAAACCACUUAUUUUCAAUCCAACAUCACUCUAACAUUCCUUAAUUUUGCAGUAUUUCUGAAGAUAGUCUUUGAAUUUCUUCCAAUCUUCCUCCAUCGACUCUUCUCCCUGGUCACGGAUUCUGCCAGUCAUUUCCGCCAAUUCCAUAUAGUCCAUAAGUUUCAUCUGCCAUUCCUCCAGCGUGGGAAGUUCUUGUGUCUUCCAAUACUUUGCGAUGAGUAUUCUUGCUGCUGUUGUUGCAUACAUAAAGAAAGUUCUAUCCUUUUUAACACCAUUUGGCCCACUAUGCCCAGGAGAAAGGCCUCUGGUUUCUUGGGAAAGGUAUACUUAAAUACCUUUUUUAAUUCAUUAUAUAUCAUUUCCCAGAAAACCUUAAUCUUUGGGCACGUCCACCAAAGGUGAAAAAUGUACCUUCAGUUUCUUUACAUUUCCAACAUUUGUUAUCGGGCAAGUGAUAAAUUUUCGCAAGCUUGACUGGGGUUAUGUACCACCUGUAUAUCAUUUUCAUAAUAUUCUCUCUUAAGGCAUUACAUGCCGUAAAUUUCAUACCAGUGGUCCAUAACUGUUCCCAGUCAGCAAACAUAAUGUUAUGUCCUACGUCCUGUGCCCAUUUAAUCAUAGCCGAUUUUACCGUUUCAUCUUGAGUAUUCCAUUUCAGCAGCAAGUUAUACAUUCUUGACAGAUUCUUAGUAUUGGGUUCUAACAAUUCUGUUUCUAAUUUCGAUUUUUCCACCUGGAAGCCAAUUUUCCUGUCUAAUUUAAAUGCCUCCAUUAUUUGAUAAUAAUGAAGCCAGUCUCGCACUUUGUUUUUUAAUUUUUCAAAACUCUGCAAUUUCAGUCUAUCUCCGUCUUGUUCCAAAAUUUCCCAAUAUUUCGGCCAUUUGACCUCCAUAUUGACCCUUUUCAAGGCUUUCGCUUCCAUUGGUGACAGCCACCUUGGGGUUUUAUUUUCUAGCAAAUCCUUAUAUCUUAUCCAAACAUUAAAUAGCGCUUUCCUGACAAUGUGGUUUUUAAAUGCUUUGUGAGCUUUGACCUUAUCAUACCAUAAAUAUGCAUGCCAUCCAAAUACAUUAUUAAAACCUUCCAAAUCCAAAAUGUCAGUGUUUUCAAGAAGUAGCCAUUCUUUCAACCAGCAAACAGCUGCUGAUUCAUAAUAAAGUUUAAGGUCUGGCAGGGCAAAUCCACCUCUUUCUUUUGCAUCUGUUAAAAUUUUAAAUUUAAUUCUAGGUUUCUUGCCCUGCCAGACAAAUUUAGAAAUGUCUUUCUGCCACCUCUUGAAACAGUCCAUUUUGUCCACGAUCUGCAAAGUUUGAAACAAAAACAGUUUGUAGCAGAGUUUGUAGCAGAAAGUGUUGUGUUCAUGUACCUUGACGCAGACCUAUUCUUCCUACACAGUUACUAAAGUUUUCUAAACCCAUUUUCCCCCUGUCUGCAGUGGUAACUCUGACAUGUGAGUCUUGUUUCGGUCAAGGAAAAGAUUGCAGAAAUGCCACCACUGAGGAGUGUGAUGAUUCCCGGGACCAAUCCUGCAUGUCUUCCCUUGGAGUUGGCAAACUGUGUAAGUGAGAAGAACUUUCAACCUCUUUGAUCACCAAAACGUAAACCCCCAGACUCACUUUCUAAGGCCAUAUCUUAGCCACAAGCCACGGAACAUGACUUUUCAUAAAGAAGUGUUCUAGGUUCUGCAUUGCCUGUAGGAGCAGGGAAGAAAUUCAAGUCAGUUCAUAUUUAAAGGUGUGUUUACUCAAUUGGCAGAACAAAACAAAACAUCCUUCAGAAUCUGCCCUUCUCCCAUUUUUGCAAUUCAGUUGUCCAGCCAUGUAAUCAAUAUACAAAUGCACGUACUAGGGUAAAGUGUGCAUAUAAGAACCUACAACAAAAUGAAGCGAAAGUCACCUAAUUCAUAAGAAGAGCUAAAAAUAAAGAUAGAAAAGAUGGAUAUCAGUAACAGCAACAAAACAAGCCAAACAAUACCCCAACCCAAGUGUUGGUUCAGCAGCCUCAGCUUUUGUAGUUGGAGUCAGUCUGUGUGGUUCCUAUCUCCCAGGCCAAGUGAAAAAUGACCUGCAAGGAAGAGAGCUAGUCCGCCAGGAUUCACAGCCAAUAUGGUCAACAAACAUCCCCCCACCCCCACGGGGGAAACCAUGACUGCUUAAAUCAGUAUGACCCUGCACAUAGGGCCUAAGAGUAAAAAUAACAUUCAGACUAAAUGUUGAUGGGGGGUGGGGGGGAGUUGGAAACUGAUAUGAAAAUGUGGAGAAAUGAACUUCAAAUAAGAAACCAAGAGAAACUGAUACUGACAUAUUGCCCCUUCCUAAUUGUCUGUGGCACAUGCUCCCUUUAUGAGCUCCACCAUCAACUCUCAUUGGUCCAGUUACAGGGUGGAUUUGAUUUAAAUCACAAUUUAAAUCACUAGUCAGUAAAACUUGAUUUAAAACAUUUUUUUACAUAAAGAUUCAUUCUUGCUGGUGUAAUCUUAAUAUUUACAACUAGAUGAAGGUUUUGUUUUUGGAAUAAUAAAUUUUCAGAGUAGUUUUUAAAGUUAUAUCAAAAAUUACUGAUUUGGUUAUACUAUUAGAAAAACAUUGACAAAUAAUUAUGAAAUUUUUGUGAGGUUUAAUAAAUUAGCUGUUUAUAUUUGGACUUCUUUUCUGCUGUAUUUUAUUGGAAGGAGAAAAAAUAAUCAUUUCAUUAAUAAUAAUUUAAAUAAUUUAUUUGACUAAAACAAUAACAUUAUAGCAUAUGUAUCAAUGUUUGUUAACUGCUUGGGUUAAGAGCACACCGCUGCCCUCGCCUCAGCCAAGCCCAAACCCCAACCUGCCGCUGGCUCACAUGAGCAAGUAUUGGGGCGGGGGCUCUGUUAAAGUGCUCCCCCUCCCUAGCUGCAAGAGCCCCCCCCCCGCUCCUGCUUGCACACAAGUAGAAGCGGAAUCUCAGCUGCUAAGCAGGGGAACUGCAAGCCAUGUCACCCUUUCCUGUUGAGGGGUCACGGCUGCCCACCUCUCAAUGGAGAAGUUUGAAGGAGCCCCCACCUUGUGUGAAUCAACAAUGGAGUGCAGGCUCCGGGCGGAGACAACCUUGGCUGCCACCUGGCUUCCUUUUUCAGCACAGGAGGAAAGACGGAGCCCACUCUGCCAGUCAAAGGCAGCCAGGCAGUGCAUGCAGCCCUGCAAGGCACAGGUAGGGUGGCUUUGCAGCCUGCGCUUUGCGAAUGACCACCCCACAAGGAAAGAGGCAGUGUGCCUGCACGGGCACCAGCGAGGCGGAGGGAGCCUCAGAAAGGAGCUCCGAGGUGAUAUUUGCUAAAAUGUAUAGAACUUAAGAUAAGGUAUUUUGGAACUGUAAGGAGAAGGAAGGGAAUUUCUUUCAAAUGUGGUGGAUGUGUCCUAAGAUUAAAGUCUACUGGGAUAUGUUAUAUAAAAUACAGUGGUGCCUCGCAAGACGAAAUUAAUCCGUUCCGCGAGUGUUUUCGUCUAGCGGUUUUUUCGUCUUGCGAAGCAACCCUAUUAGCGGCUUAACGGAUUAGCGCUAUUAGCGGUUUAGCGGCUAUUAAAGGCUUAUCGGCUUAGCGGAUUAGCUGCUAAAAGGCUAUUAAAGGCUUAGCGGCUUAGAUAAAGGGGGGGAGCGAAAAAAAAUCGCAAGACUCGCAAGACAUUUUCGUCUUGCUAAGCAAGCCCAUAGGGAAAUUCGUCCUGCGAAGCAACUCAAAAACGGAAAACCCUUUCGUCUAGCGGGUUUUCCGUCUUGCGAGGCAUUCGUCUUGCGGGGCACCACUGUACUUUUAGUAAAAAAACCAGAUGCUUUUUUAUUAGCGAUCAUAGGUGAAGAAAUUUCCCCAAAAAGACAUAAAUAUAUUUAUGCAUGCUACCAUGGCAGAAAGGAUACUUUUAGCCCAGAAAUGGAAGCAGCAGGAACUUCCAACGUUGGAAGAAUGCCAGACAAAGAUGACUGAAUACGCCAAGCUGGCGAGACUGACGGGGGGAAUCCGAAACCAGCUCAACGAACUGUUUUGAAAAGGACAGGUUAUGAUUUGAUACCUGUUUAUAAAUAUUAGAAGUACGUCUUUUAAGUAUGGAGAUAAGGUAAGUAGGGUGAUUUAGAGAUGUGAAGAUAAAAGUGAUUGCAUAUGGAAGUCAGGGAGGGGGACAGGAGGAAGUCAAAGCUCAAUUUGAGCAAAGAUAUAUGUGAUGAGGAAAUUUUAUUUGGUUGUUAUAAUGGAAAAAAGAAAUUUUAAUAAACAUUAUAUUAAAAAGAAAAGGGAAGGAGCUCCAAGGUCCCUACCACGAACAACAGGGACAUGGGGUGGCUCAAAUGGGGGAGAGGAACUGACGAGGAGGUGACAGAUCUUGCCUCCAAGGAUCAUACCACAGCUUCAAAGGCAGCAGCAGGCGAUGCUUUUCUUGAUGGUCAGAUCUCCUGCCCCCGUGGAUCAGCAAACAUAAGGUGAUCAUCAACCCUUUCAUCAUAGGUGGGCCAGCCCUAUCUCCAGGUCUAGUUAUUUCCUUUUCCAAUUCUUUUAUAGCACUUUUGGGGUCAACAAUGGUUCUCAAGUCCUGCAUCGAUACAGAGUUGUGCGAUGUAGGCUAUGGCAGUGCCUCCAUAACCUCAUCACUGUACAUCCAGAGCAAGGCCUCCUGCUGCAAAACAGAUAUGUGCAACAGCGGACCUCCCGAAAGUAAGUAUCAUCAUCAGGAAAGAUGAUCUCACAAAACUCAAGCAAUGAGAGAGGUCAAAGAAAGACAAACAAGUUUUUGGCAGUAUCCUGAUGUCAGGGACUGGCUAGACAAGGAGGAGUGGUGGCAGCCAGUCGCUCCAGGAGGUGCCUGAGGGUGACACUAGGAAAGAACAUUUCAAACCUGAUUCAGACUGGUGGGACAGGGAGGAGCCACUGACAGAGGGAACCAGCAGGGAAGCAUUGGAGCCAUAGUAUGGGGGUGGUGGGAACUAAUAGAACAAAACCCAAAAUAUCAAUAAGAAGAUUACCUGAACAACAUGCAUCAUCUAUUAGCAAAAAUUACAAGGGAGCGUCACAGUUUUACCUUAGUCCUAGAAACACCCCUCCCAUAAUGCUACUCACAGUUCCUCUCCUGCAGCAGCUUCUGGUAUUUACAUCCUAUGCUUUCCUGCAAAAAGCUUGAGCUCCCGCUCACCAUUUUAGCCUCAAAACAUCCUGUGAAAUAGGUUAGGCUGAGAGAUGGUUCCUGGUCCCAAGUCACUCAGCAAGUGUCAUGGCUACAGUGGAAUUUGAACCCUGGUCUCCUAGAUUCUAGUCCAACUCUCUCACCACUUCACAUCACUGGUUCAUUGGUUUCCCAGAGUUCUAGCCCCCAAACCUAGAGUGACCCAUUUUCUUUGAUGCAUUUGCAUUUGUAGAGAUAUUUUAGUGGGACAGACUGGUAAGGCGAUCACUCGUAGCCAAGUAAGAUUGUCUUUCAUAAACACGGUUUUAACAAUGAGCCCGUAAAUGACUGUGGAGGCCAAUUCUGGAACCACAUGUCCUUCCACAAUGGGGACAUUGGUUUCUGGGCGGGAGUUGAUCACGGUGUGGAUAUCCAAGCAUGCCUUCCUCUUAGCACAUUUCUCCCUUACAUCCUGAGUUCGAGUGUCUUCAAAGCCCAUGACACCUUUGGUAAAGGCUGUUCUCCAAUUGAAGCGCUCGCAGGCCAGUGUUUCCCAGUUGUCGGUGUUUAUACUUCAUUUUUAAAGAUUUGCCGUCAGAAAGUCUUUAAACCUCUUUUGUUGACCACCAGCAUUUCGCUUUCCAUUUUUAAGUUCAGAAUAGGGUAGUUACUUUGGGAGACGAUCAUCAGGCAUCUGCACAACAUGACCAGUUCAACGAAGAUGAUGUUGAAGAAUCAUUGCUUCAAUACUGGUGGUAUUUGCUUCUUCCAGUACACUGAUAUUAGUUCGCCUGUCUUCCCAAGUGAUGUGGAAAAAUUUUCAGAGACACCGUUGAUGAAAUCUUUCGAGGAGUUGGAGAUGGUGUUUAUAAGUGGUGCAUGUUUCACAAGCAUACAGUAAGGUUGGUAGUACAAUAGCUUUGUAAACAAGCAUUAUGGUUUCCCUGUGAAUGUCCCGGUCCUUAAACACUCUGCACUUCAAUCAACAGAAAGCUGCACUCGCAGAGCUCAGGGAUGCUGGAUUUCAACAUAAGUACUAGCCCUUAUGGAAACUGUCUAGGUAGGAGAAGUGAUUGACAUUUUCCAACAUUACACCAUUGAGUUGGAUUUGUGGAGCUGCAUUUUGUACUUGUUGGUGCAGUACUUUGUUUUUUGGGAUGUUGAGCGACAGGCCAAACUUUUCGUAAGCUUCUGGGAAGAUAUUUAGGAUGGUUUGGAGGUCAUCCUGUGAGCGUGCACACACUACAUUGUCAUUAGCAUACUGAAGCUCUAUGAUGGAAGUUACUGUAACCUUACUCUUUGCUUUCAGCCUGCUCAGAUUGAAGAACUUUCCAUCUGUUAAAUAUAUGAUUUCUACUCCGGUGGGGAGUUUCCCUUCGACAAUGAUAAUUGUCAGAUCAUUUGUAGGAUCAUGGCAAUGAAAACAAUGAAUAGAGUUGGGGCAAUAACACAACCCUGUUUAACACCUGAUCCCACUGUGAAUGGUUCACUUUGAGAGCCAUUGCUAUCUGCGAUUGUUGCUGUCAUAUUAUCAUGGAGGAGUCGGAUGAUGUUUACAAAUUUAUCUGAGCAGCCAAGUCUCAGAAGGACAGUCCACAGGGCAUUAUGAUUUACAGUGUCGAAAGCCUUAGGUCAAAAAACGACACAUACGGGGGUUGGUUUUGAUCUCUGCAUUUUUCUUGAAGCUGUUGAGUGGUGAAAAUCAUGUCCACUGUCCCCCUAGAAGGCCGAAAACCAUUUUGGGAUUCAGGAACGGUCACCUCGGAUAUUGUUAAGAGAUGGUUUGCUAAGAUCCUUGCAAGAAUUUUGCCACCUGCAGCUAAUAGAUGCCUCGAUAGUUUCUGCAAUCAGUUCUGUCACCUUUUUUUUUUAAAAAAAAAAAAAGAUAAUUUUGGCAUCCCUAAAGUCUGCUGGGAUCUCUUCUCUCUCCCAGAUUUAUUUUUUUAAAAUAAUAUUUAUUGGGGAAAAAAUUUUAAAAAUUACAAUAAAAAAAGACAAUACAGAAAAAAGAAAAAAGAAAACCAUCAUUCUCAAAUUCUCCACUUUCAUUACCUUCUUUCUUUGACCUCCUCCUCCUCCCUUUUCUUGUAUCCUGAUUAAUAAUCAUCGCAGCAAAUCCUUUCCAUAAUUCAUAGUAUUCUGUCAUUACAUUACCUUAAUCUAUUUUCAUCUUAUCUUAUAGAAACCCUUAAAGCUUAAAAUUUUAAAUCUUAUUUUUACCAACUUCUCAUAACCAUAACGUUUUACAUUACCUUAAUCUAUUUUCAUCUUAUCUUAUAGAAAACCUUAAAGCUUAAAACUUAAAUCUUAUUUUUACCAACUUCUUGUAAUCAUAACAUUUUUACCUCAUUCUUUAAACAUUUUUGCAAGAGCCAAGUAAUUUCAUUUCAACAUUUUUCUAAUAUUCAUCAAUUUUAUAAAACAAUCCUAAUGGUAAAAAGAGAAAUAAAAACAAUCCAGUCUUCAUCCAGCGUCCCUUCCUCCUGGUCCCGGGUUUGUCAGUCCUUUUUAUCCCAUUGAUCUAGCACAUUAACCUGGUAAUCUUAUAUCCGAGGCCCUCAAGUCACUUCCAUGUCCCUUCCGCAGCUCUUCUUCAUAUUUUCCUUUCACUCGUGGGAACUCCAGCUUGUUAAUGUUUUGGACCCUUUUCAACAAGUCGGCCCCUUUUCCAUAGUCCAGACUAAACUCCAUGUAGUAUUUAAAGACAUGUUUCAGAUUCCCUCCAAAAUUGAGAGCCCCCACAGCUCCAAACAUCUGACAGCCCAUUGCCAGACUCGAAAAGUCCAUUUUAGGGGGGUCUAUCCAACCCCCCAUUUCCAAGCCAAACCAAACUUUAUCUUUCCAAAUCUGGCUUUUUCCAAGUUCAUUUGUCAAAUCCAAGAGUUCAUGUUCCUGCUGGGCCGCAGCUCCCUCCAUCUCUGGCGCUCGAGAUUCAGCAACAUCCUCUUCUCUUAACUGUUCUGUCAUGGCACACUCCUGUUUUAGUUCCUGGGUGGGCUCCACAUAGUUUCCCACUACCUGUUCAAAAGUUCUGACCGCAUUAGUCAUCAAAUCAGUCUUCUGACUUAACUGAUCCAAUAGGGCAUUUACUUUACAGAGAGCACACAACAGUGCUUCUGAAAACAUUGUCCUGCAAGGUCACAAGUCCUUUCCCACGGUUGUAAUCUGUGGCAGCUGCAAGCUCCCUGGAAUUAGUUACAGUUUCACAGUCCCCCUCUAGGAGGAAAACUUCUGGUUGUUCUUUCUUUUAAGAACAAUAGCAACAAAGUUUCUUUUUUUAAAAUACUUUGUCAAUAUUUGUUCCUUUAAAAUACGAAAGGAAACAAUGGGAUCACAAUGUUACUCUUCUUUUAGCUAUCUGUCAAAGACAUUUGUCUCUGGUCAAUGAGCUUCAAACGUCAACUCUGACACCCCGCUCCAGGAUCAGGACGGUGGAAAGUUACUUUGCUUUAAACUCACUUCUGCAGGUUUAAACAGUCCAAAAAAGGUCCCCCUUCUUCUCCUGCUACCGAAGGGGGGUUCAACAAUUUUAAAUGAUGAAAACCAAUCUCUCCCAGAUUUUUUUGAUGAGCUUGUGAAGUUGUUGUGUAAGUUCAAUUUCACCCACUUUGAAGACUUUGGCAGGUAUCCCCUCAGGUCUGCUGGUUUUUUUGUUUUUCAUAUGGUUAAUAGCUGUACACAACUCUCCCAGAUUUGGAGAUACUGCAAGCUCAUCUCUAACUUGUUUUUGCAGAAUUUGUGAGAGGACCUCAGCAGCUACGGGGGAGUUGCAGUUAAGGAGAUGUCGGUAAUGUUCUUUAAAGCUGUGUAAUAGCUUCUUUAUCUUUUAGAAGUGUGAUACCGUCUGCUGAGUGUAGGGGGAAUAUGCCAUGAUUUAUUCGCCCAUAGAUGGUCUUUGUGGCUUUGUUCACAGGCUGCAAUAAUGGAUGUUUUUAGCUUGGUCCAGUGUUCCUAGAUAUUAUCAGGGAAUUCUGAAAGCAGAUGGCCCUUAAGAGUGAUUUGGAAGCAAUCCCACUUAAUGGGAUCUUGAAGGGCUUGGGUGUUCAUUUUGCGCCUUGUUUUCCUCCCUUAAAGCCUACGUUAAGGUAUAAUAUUGAUAGCCAUUGUGGAGCAUAUUAGUCAGUGAUCUGUCCAGCAGUCGUCAGCACUCGUCAUAGCUCUGGUAAGGAGCAGUUCACGGCGAUCUUUAGCACAGACAAUAACAUAGUCUAAGACAGCGGCAGGCAACCUAAGGACCAUGGGCCGGAUGUGGCCCAGUCACCUUCUCAAUCCGGCCCAUGGAUGGUCCAGGAAUCAGCGUGUUUUUACAUGAGUAGAAUGUGUCCUUUUAUUUAAAAUGCAUCUCUGGGUUAUUUGUGUGGCCUGCCUGGUGUUUUGACAUGAGCAGAAUGUAUGCCUUUAUUUAAAAUGCAUCUCUGGAUUAUUUGUGGGGCAUAGGAAUUCGGUCAUAUUUUUUUUCAACCACAUGGUCUGAGGGAUGGUGGACCAGCCCAUGGCUGAAAAAAGGUUGCUGACCCCUGGUCUAAGAGGUGCCAGUGGUUUGACCGAGGAUGCCUCCAGGGAGUUUUAAAUUUAUUUUUCUGUCAAAAGAGUGUGUUGGUAGUAACAAGGUUGUGCGCUGCACAUAUCGUCAAAAGUAAGAUACAGUUCUGGUUGCUGUUGCCAAUUCCUUCUUUCCCAAUAGUCCCAGGCCACCGGUUGAAAUCUCGCCCAACUCCUGCAUUAAAAUCAUCCAGGAGGAUGAGUUUAUCUUCCUUAGGCAUCUCUGAUAGAGCGGUAUCCAGCUGAGAGUAAAAAUUUCCUUUAAUGUCUUCAUCGGCAUCCAGUGUUGGUGCAUAAGCACUUGUAAGAGUAGCCUGUUGGUUUUUGGUGUGCUUUAUUCGAAGGGUUGAGAGUCACUCAUUAAUGCCGGUAGGGACUUCUGACAGGAGCUUCAGAAGAUCAUUUUUGAUAGCGAAGCCUACUCCAUGUAUCCGAAGUUCUUCUUCAGAUAGACCUUUCCAGAAGAAAGUGUAGUCUCCUUUUUCUUCCUUCAGUUGUCCCUCGCCUGCUCUUUGAGGCUCUUGAAGCGCUGCAAUAUUGAUGUUGAAACAUUGCAGCUCUCUUGCAAUGAUGGCAGUUCUGUAUUCAGAGCGCUCGCUAUCUGUGUUAUCUGCCAAAGUCUGUAUAUUCCAUGUUCCAAAAUUCAAUUGUGUUUUACAACCGCUAGGUGGUGACCCCACUGGGCGCGGUCGUCCAGUCAGGGGGAAAGGGAGGCAGACUAUGUUUAGGGCACCUUUUCUAGUCCCUCCCCCUUUCCAGGGUGAUCAGAGUGGAUCCUAAAAAGGGCUGCUCAGUCAUGGAUACAGCUGCCGAGCUGCUCAACUGCCUCAUUCCUUGGGUCAGAGUGGCUGAAUAUGUAUCUACCGCCCAUGUGCUGGUUCAUGACUAGGGGCUUCCAGAUUUCAUGCUCCUGCCCCCGUUACCAUUUGCCGAUCGCCAGGGGACUUUUGGGGUUUGAGUUUGGGAUGGGUUUUUGGAAGACACCAGUACAUGAAUUUGUUUUGUGUGUGUAGAUCAGUGCAUGCUGACCAAGGCACAAUCUUUGCAUCUGCAUCAAUAUGCAGAUGAUACCCAGCUCUACCUCUCUUUCAAAUCAGAACCAGUGAAGGCGGUGAAGGUCUUGUGUGAGUGCCUGGAGGUGGUUGGAGAAUGGAUGGCGGCUAAUGGAUUGAGGUUGAAUCCUGACAAGACAGAAGUACUGUUCUUGGGGGACAGGGGGCGGGCAGGUAUGGAGGACUCCUGGUCCUGAAUGGAGUAACUGUGCCCCUGAAAGACCAGGUGUGCAGCCUGGGAGUCAUUUUGGACUCACAGCUGUCCAUGGAUGCGCAGGUCAAUUCUGUAUCCAGGGCAGCUGUCUACCAACUCCACCUGGUACGCAGGCUGAGACCCUACCUGCCCGCGGACUGUCUCGCCAGAGUGGAGCAUGCUCUAGUUAUCUCCCGCUUGGACUACAGCAUUGAACUACUGCAAUGCGCUCUAUGUGGGGCUACCUUUGAAGGUGAUCCGGAAACUGCAAUUAAUCCAGAAUGUGGCAGCUAGACUGGUGACUUGGAGUGGCCGCCGAGACCACAUAACACCAGUCUUGAAAGACCUACAUUGGUUCCCAGUAUGUUUCCGAGCACAAUUCAAAGUGUUGGUGUUGACCUUUAAAGCCCUAAACAGCCUCGGCCCAGUAUACCUGAAGGAGUGUCUCCACCCCCAUCGUUCUGCCCGGACGCUGAGGUCCAGCGCCGAGGGCCUUCUGGCGGAUCCCUCAUUGCGAGAAGCAAAGCUACAGGGAACCAGGCAGAGGGCCUUCUCGGUAGUGGCGCCCACCCUGUGGAACGCCCUCCCAUAAGAUAUCAAAGGGAUAAACAACUACCUGACAUUCAGAAGACAUCUUAAGGCAGCCCUGUUCAGGGAAGUUUUUAAUGUGUGUCAUUUUAGUGUAUUUUUGGUCUCUGUGGAAGUCGCCCAGAGUGGCUGGGGAAACCCAGCCAGAUGGGCGGGGUACAAAUAAUAAAUCAUCAUUAUUAUUAUUAUUCACAGUAGGGCUCUGUUCCGAUGGCAUGAGUAGUCACAAUGAACCGGUAGAUUCCUAUCUGCUGCAGCCCUUAUCUGCCUUCACAGCCGUUGUAACAUACCGCUUGUUAUCAUCCACCUGUUGCCCUCUGCCGUUGAGGACUUUUUGGAUCAUUCUUUGUCUAGCUCCUUCCCUUUGACCUUACCGCCUUGGGUGACCCUGUUAGGAGUACAGGAUUCCUGAUGGCUUUGCUCACAUGGGUCAUAGGAAUGUGGAAGCCCACUCACCACAACAAGGUGAUGAUCCAGCAAGUGAGAAGGCAGUAUGAUACCUCUGGAUUGGCCAGGCCUUCUACAAACAUCUGCAACGUGGGCUUCUGCCUUCACCAACAGAACAGGACUUUCUAAGAGGAUAUCUGCAUUAUUUAAUAACAUAGCAUAGUAAAAGAAAAACUGAACAUAGAACAAAACCAAAAACCAUGUAUCAAUAACAAGAUUACUUGAACAACAUGCAGCAUUCAUGAGCAAAAAUUACAAGGGAGCUUCACAGUUUUACCUUAGUCCUAGAAACAUUCCUGUGCGAUGUUACUCACAGUCCCUCUUCUGCAGCAGCUUCUGAUAUUUACAUCCCUACUCUUUUGUCCAAAGAGCUUGAGGUGGCAUUUCUGGCUCUCCUGCUCACCAUUUUAGCCUCAAACACCCAUGUGAAAUAAGUCAGGCUAAGGGGCAGUGUCUGGCCCCAGGUCACCCAGCAAGUUUCGUGGCUCAAGUACAGAUUGGAACUCUGGUCUACUCCCACCCUUGUUCCUGAUGUAGAUGUUCACAUUCCCUUGUUCCUGAUGUAGAUCUUCACUCACCCCUCCCUUCUUGUUGGGAGGAGGCACCAUUUUGUGGUUUGCCUUAGUAUUCUCAACACCCUGGUGUAUGUUUUUAUUGUAAACACUAUGACAACACUAGGACAAAGAAUUCUGGGAGUGGUAAUUUCUUAAGGGUGCUGAGAGUUAAUUGGGAAACACCGAUUCCCCUCACAGAGCUAUGGAUUAACAAACAAACAAACCCCACACAAUAGUUCUUAUUAGCUCCCAUUUUUUCUUAGGUGAAAUCAUUAUUUUACCAAAACUAAGCACAUGUUUUCCAGAAGUGAUUUUUUAAGUAUAAAAUUACUAAGAGUUUUCUUUCUCUUUCCCGCUCUCAGGAAGAGGGCCAUUUUGUAGAAUCUUAUCAUUUGUGUGCAUCUGUGGCUGCCAUUUUGUCUCUCAGAAUGCCCCCCAGUGGUGCUCAGUGCUAAGCCCAAUUGCUUUAAGUGGUAUCCCUUUGCUUGAAAUGUAUGCUGUGAAUGUGGCCCCAGUCAGAAAUCUCUUGCACCAUGCCUUAAAGUAGCCCUGGAUGAAUGGAGCAUGGCUGAAGCACUCCGCUUGGAGAAGUGUUGGAAGGUGGUACGGAUCCAUCUUGGAAGGGGAAGCACAAUUCCCACCCCUCACAUACAGCAAGUUGUGGUUUGCAUCUGCAAAAGAAAUACAUUGACUAAUUGCAAUGUUGGUGUGGUGUGGUGAUUGUUUUCCAGUGCCUGAGAGUGACACGAGGGAGCCCAAUGGGCUGAAGUGCCCGAGUUGCUUCUCCAUCUUUUCAGACAAUUGUGAGGGCAAUAAGACCGUCAGCUGCAGAAAUGAGGAGGAUCAAUGCUUCUACGCUGGGGGUCGCAUGAAGUUUGGUGAGUCUUGUAUAAUGGAGUGCAGCUAGGGCCCCAUCUUUAAGGAAGUAUCAUGCUACUUUGAGCAGUCAUGACUUCCCCUAAAAGACGCUAGGAUACUUUGUUUAUUAAGGGUGCUGAAAGUUAUUAGGAGACCCAUGUUGCCCUCACAGAGUGUCUGGGAUGGGCAGGAGCCCAAGGAGGAGGGAUGUGUGCGCAGGGAGGUGGGAGGAGGAGGAGAAUACAGGGAAGGGCUAGUAAUUUCUGCAGUUCUUGCCGGGAACCCUGCGCCAGUUUAUUCCAUUUUAUUCCCCAGCAACACCUUAAAAGCCUAUUCAGAUAGGGACAUGCUCUAUUCCCUUUUGCUGUUCAUUCGAUUGAGUUUUAAAUGUUUUAAUGGUUUUAACUGCUUUUAUUGGUAAUGUAAAUAUUUCUUGUAAACCCCUAGCAGUUUUUACUGCAAUCAAGCGGUAUAUAGUUUUUGUUAAAUAAAAAUACAUCUUAAAAUUUGCACUUUAAAUUGGAGGGGGCAGGAUGGAGACCCACAGGCCCAGGGGCCAAACGCAUUCCUCUAGGACUCUCCCUGGCCCUUUGGAUCCUCCUUAUCCACACCUCCUCACCCUAGGCCACACCCCUCACAAGCCCCACUUCAUACCCUACCUGUAUGCUUUGGCCUGGCUGGAUUGUUGCCCCUGAAGUCUUGGUUACCUGGAUGGAGGACGGGGGGGUGUUGAAUGUAUGUAUAAAAUAGCCUGCCAUGUAAAGGUGGAUUUUACAUAUGUUUCCAUUGGCCAGUGGACCUCCCAGAAGGUCACCCAGACUGGAAAACAGCUCUUGGUCUGAAAAACGUUGCCCACCGUUCUGUUUGAGGAGGAGGGUUUUGGAUUUCAAAAAUAUGUGUGUGCUUUUUUUUCCAACAGGGGGAAGCAGCCUGAUUGGUGCUCUCCGAGGCUGUGCAACAGCUAGUAUGUGUGACUACAGUCAGGAGAUACUGAUGACUUAUCUUAAAUCAUUGGGAUAUGAGAUCACUCAAUUAGAGUGUACUGACGCAAUGGACAAUGAUGCCAACGAGCUGUAGCUGAGGGAAGGCAAACCUCCACCGCCCCGAAGAACCCACCUUUUAUGGAAAUUGACGGCCUAAUGGUUGAAGCAGGGGUGGUCUCAGCCUGAGGACUCCCAGGCUUUCUUUCCAGAAGUCUAGAAGCUCCUCCUCAAAGACAGGCUGUAUUUGACUUUCA